CUGUAGAACUCAACUAAUCCAAGUGAUUCAAACAAUCUAAUUAUUUUCAACAAUGGUUAAGGAUUCAGUAGCUUUGGUGACAGGAGGUGCUAGUGGAAUUGGCUUAGCAACAGUUGAACAAUUAUUAGAAAACAAUGCAAGAGAAGUUUACAUUGUUGACAUAAAUCAAGAAAAUGGCGAGAAUGCACUCAAAACUUUAGGAAAGAAAUAUGGAAAUGAUCGAGUUAAAUUUUUAAAAUUGGAUGUAACAAACUUGGAAGAUUUUCGAAAUAUAUUUGAAAAAAUUAUCAAAGAGAGUGGACGAGUGGAUAUACUCAUUAAUAAUGCAGGAGUUCUUGUUGGCGACAAAGUAUUGGAUAUUAAUAUUGGUGGAGUUCUUAAUGGAUUAAAAUUAGCAAUGAUUUUUAUGAAAAAAGGAUCAAAAAUAAUUAAUACUGCUUCCAAGGCAGGAUUAAGAGGCCAAGGACAAUGUGCUGAAUAUAUAGCAUCCAAGCACGCAGUAGUUGGAUUAACCAAAGCAUUUUCGGCUAGUUACUGGUACGAUAAAACACAAAUUUCCGUAAUGGCGAUAUGCCCAGGUAUGACAGAAUCUCCAUUAGUCCAUACUAUUCCCAACACAGAAGCCAACCAAGAUUUAAUUAAAUUCUUCAACAUUUUAAGAAAAACCGCACAACUAACUGAAAGUGUAGCCAAAAGCAUGGUCACAAUAUUAAAAGUUGGUAAAAAUGGUUCAUUUUGGAUUUCAGAGGAUAAUAAACUAUUUGAAAUCGAAUUUCCAGUUUAUACAGAUUUAAUUAAAAGGGAAGUACCAUUUUUCUAACGCCGAAUUUAGCUGAACCCUAAAAGGUUUAAAAUAUAUUAAUAAGUUUAACAUUAUAGUUAUAGUAAAUUAAGAAAAUACUAUUAAGAAGAUAUCG